UCUCAACUGUCUGCCCUAAACUCUCCAGCGGGACAGAAAGCCUCAAGACCACAUUCACAGCCUGUUUCUGCCGGAGGACACAUCUCUCCGCUUUCACUCUCGUUACUACAAACAAUGUGAGGAACAUGGCUGACAGAAGGUCUGACUGGGUGGAGAUUGUGGAGCCACGCUCGAGGGAGCGCAUGUAUGUCAACCUGCUAACUGGUGAGUGUGGUUGGGAACCACCGCCUGGCGCCCCCGUCCGUCAGUCAGACGGCAACCAGUGGUGGGAGCUUUUCGAUAGCAACAACAAUCGGUUUUACUACUACAACUGUACGAGCCAGCAGACGGUCUGGCACAGGCCUCAAGACAGCGACAUAGUGCCUCUUGCGCAACUCCAAGCCAUGAAAAGGAGCUCUGAAGCUGAUGUCAAGGCUCAAGGGAGAGUCCAGAGAGGACCGGUGGAUGGCAAGCGAACCCCCCUGCCUGGACUGGAUCCAUCAACACUGGAGCAGGAGAAUGGGAGGGAGACGCUAUCGUCUAAGGCCAAAGAGGACAGUCUUGAGAAAAGGGGCCAAGGAAAAAGGGAUGCUGCUCAAAGAUGGCAGCCUGCUCCUGGGUCCAAGGCUGCCAUGUUGGUGAAAGUUAACAGCUUUGGAAGAAAUCAGUCUCUGGGUCCUGCUUCUGCCCUCCACCUUCUUCACCUCAACCCCACCAACAACGGCACUUCAUUAAAACCAGGUUACACAGGACAACUCAGUAAAAUGGCAGUUCCAGGAGACUCCAAGCAAGGUUACCACCUUAAAAAGGGGGAUGCCAACUUCUGUCUGGUUUUACCCACUUCUAGCUCUUCCUCUGGCCACCAGCGCUCUGGUGCAGGUACACCUCGCCCCUCUUCACCUCAGUAUGGGGCUACACCCUCAGCACCCAUCUAUGAUGAACCUCCAGCAUUGGAUGCCCCUAUUUAUGAUGAACCUCCAGUGGAAAUGGAAGUAGAAGGCACACACCACUUACACCGAGGUCCCUACUCCACCAGCCUACCAAGGGGAACCCAGCCUCCUAAACUACUUCAGUUCCCUCAUAACAAACACAUCUGCAGCUCCUCAGCUAGUGAGUACAGUCCGGCAGGUCGGGAGUGCAUCAAACAUAUGGUAAAUGUAGAUGCAACAGCAUCCAAGCACCAGCCCCAAUUGUCUAAUGCCAUUGAGGGUUCUUCAAGUUCAACCAGUCCUCAAAUCCAGCCUCAGUCUCCAGUCUCUGCACAGAUCAAGAGGGAAGUGUCUUUGGAGAAGAAGCAAUCAUGGAGGCUGUUGGAGCCUCGCCACAGCCGUCAAAGCAGCCUCGCCUCUCAGGAGUACCCAGGCCCUGCUGCCAUCACGUAUCAGGACUCAGGAUAUUCCACCGGGCCAUCUCCAAGUCUGCGAAGGAAGAACCGACGUCGUGCUGCUCUGGGCACUGGAUCGGGUCGGCCCGGAUCUGUGGGCAGCAGUGGAGAAUUGAGUGCAUUGAAUGAGAAGUUAAUGGCAGAAAUGAGGGCAGUGGUGAACCGUUCCAAUGCACUUCACGGAAGCAAGGCCAGUCUGGACACUGAGAUGGGUUCAGAGGCCUCGGGAAGUACUGCACGCUCGCCUGUCAGUUCAUUAAAAAUGGGUGCAAGAGGGGGUGGAUCAAGGGAGGAUGUGACAUCAAGUAACCGAUCGCUGUAUAGGGGUGGGGCAAGCAACCAUGGUGACGUGAUGCUGUCACCAUUGGUGACAGAUGGGCUUGGAAGCCGGCAAAAGAGGACUUAUGAGAAAGUGGAUUCGCUCGAGAAAAGUGGAAUAUCACAGACCAGCUUGUCUUCUCCAGAACCACCCAGGUCUCCCUCACAGACAGGAACACUGGAAUCUAAAACUCAGCAAGACUCAACAACCCGGGAUUGUGACCAUGAGAGAGCAGGGCGAGGGACAACUCACAUUACCCGUAAAAACAACAACAACAGUCCCCCUCCAUCCAACACCAGCACGGGUUACCAGUACCCAUAUACCACCCUCUGCAAGCCUACACCAGAUGCCAACAUGGAGGACUGGGCCAGCAAGAACCUUAACCAGCACACACAAGGCCUUUUUCGUAGACGCGUCUCCAUCGCUAAUAUGCUGUCAUGGAACCGCGGCUCCAUUAAGAAACCCAUGCUGAUCACCAAUGAUCGGGCCAUCAAGAAAGAAGCAUGUGAGAUGUUCAAACUGGUCCAAGCCUACAUGGGCGACAGGCCAGUUAGGUUGGACAAACACCAUGUGGCCCUUCAGGUGGUAACAAAAUGCUGGGGGAUGCAAGGUUUGAGGGAUGAACUCUACGUUCAAUUGGUGCGACAGACCACUGAUAACUUGUGUUUGAGAAGCUUGGAGUCCGGCUGGGAGUUGAUGGCCAUCAGCCUAGCAUUCUUCUCACCUUCGCCCAAAUUUAGGCGCUAUUUGGAAGGCUACAUCCAACGACACCUCGAGCCCAGCAAUGAUAAGAAAAUACUCCAGAACAUCAUGGAGCAGCAGGACAUCAAAAACAAGAAGAACUCAAAGUCCAGGAAGAAGAGGAGACAGAACAAUGACGAAGGAGAGGAUGAGGGUCUUCCCAUCAGCACUUAUGCCAAGUACUGCUACCGUAAGCUGCAGAAAGUGGCCAUUACUGGAGGCAAGAAGGGUUUGAGAAAGCCCACACUGGAGGAGAUUGAUCACAGUCGAAAUGCCAUUGUGACGCCAUCUCUGUUCAGCAGCGCUCUGGAGGAGAUCAUGGAGAGGCAGAGUGAGCUCUUCCCUGACAGGAAACUGCCCUGGGUGCAGGUGCAGCUCUCUCAGUGUGUCCUGGCUCUGGGUGGAGCUCAGACGGAAGGCAUCUUCAGAAUACCAGGGGACAUCGAUGAGGUGAAUGCUCUCAAGCUGCAGGUAGACCAGUGGAAAAUUCCAGAAAACCUCUCAGAUCCCAAUGUCCCAGCGUCUCUGUUAAAGCUGUGGUACAGAGAGCUGGAGGAGCCGGUGAUCCCUCAGAGCUUCUAUAAGCAGUGCAUCAGUCAUUAUGAAGAUCCAGACGCAGCCGUCAGUGUGGUUCAGUCUCUGCCAGAGCUCAACAGACUGGUGCUCUGCUACUUCAUCAACUUUUUACAGAUCUUCGCUCAGCCGGUGAAUGUGAGUAGGACUAAGAUGGACGUGAACAAUUUGGCAAUGGUGAUGGCUCCAAAUUGCCUGCGCUGUCAGUCUGACGAUCCCCGAAUCAUCUUUGAAAACACACGCAAAGAGAUGUCCUUCCUCCGCAUCCUCAUCGUCCACUUAGACACCAGCUUUAUUAAGGGCUUGAUCUGAGAGUUUGCUCGCUUGUGAAGAAUCAUCUAGGAGAUGAUGGGAAUCGAGACGAAAAUGAUUCUCAUUUUCAAGUUCAGCCAAUGUUUUCGGCUCAAUGCGAAUCUUCCUGACUUACACAGACACUAUUUGAGCUGAAUCAUUUGACUCAUUUGAUUCCUCGACAAAACAAAUGCAUGAGCUUUGUCUUUUCGGGUUUGCUAUUUCUUUUGUAUCGAUUAGCAGGGAAAUACCUUCUUCUGACAAUCAUAAAUGUAAUAACACACACAUGCAAUAGGAUUUGCGGAGUAUUUCCUUAAUUUAAUAUGGUAUGAGUGUUUGGACUAUUUAAUAGCAACUGUUUGUAAGCUCAAGUAUGAGUGCAGAGAGAAUUGCAGGCUCCAGUUUUGUGUACAAGGCUGAAGUGAAUUAAUAUUGCAGAGCUGACAAUAUCAAACAUGAACGGUGAACACUUGAGGUCUGGUGCCUUAAAUGGAGAAUGUUUGCCUGUGUAGACGAUUCAUAAGUGCCCAUGUACAUAAACAUAUCCUCCAUGUCCCAGGCUCCAAACAAACCACAAGCAGUUUUCAAUCUAUCCCAUGGUGAUUUUCCCAGUCAUUCUUUGGUGAGGUAGAAAAUUGUCUUUCCUAAUGUGGGUUGGCUUUAUCACUGAUGAUUAAGCACUAAACUAUUGCAAACAGAACCAGACUGGAAGAUUUGCUAAAUGUUCCCUCAAUCAUAAAAUAUCUGCUGCUCUGACAAGCUUUCAAAUGACUCAACAACUAUAACUUGGCCAAGAAUGUCAUGUUCAGAUUCGCCUAGGUCUAAUAAACCAUUUCAGAAGAGGUAUAGACCUGAAAUACAGUAACAGUACUUAAAGCUGAAGUCAAGCCUUUAACACCAAAUUACUAAUAAUAGUUUCAAAUGGUUUUCUCUAAACAACUCCUGUCUGCCAUUGGUUAAACAAUCAGAUAGCCCCGCCCCAAAACUCACCCCAUUGGUUAAGCUGUUGGCAUGACAUAAAAGCUCAAACAAAAUGUUUACAUGUUAGGGGAAUUGAUCAAAUAAUCCAGUUUUUGCUAAAUUAAGUUGAUUAUGUGAUGUGGACGGUUAAAAAGGGGAUGGGGUCAUGAUAUCACCCAAACUCUCACACACCCAGUAGCAAUCACACAAUAACACAAACACCACUAGGUAAUUUAACUAACGCUGCAAGGGAUGAAAGUACACUAUGUAGUCUAACAACAUGCCAGUUGUUCAGCUGACAAGGACUAAAAAAUCUGCAGAUAAAAACUUUAAAUAAUUGUUAAAGUGACAACAUUUACAAUCUAGUACAUUAAUUCAAUCUCAAAAGACUGUAAGUCUGUCCUGCACUGCUGUAUUUUCAAUUCACCCUUCGCUAAGCGCCGCCCUUCUUAGUUACUGUUGUUACGCCUGUCAAGCUUUCGUGCCUGGCACGUCUAUUACAAUAUGUAUGCGCUGGUGUCAGAUAUUGCCACACAUAUAAUUAGUCAUUUUUGCUGAACAGGUAAGAUAUCUGAGAAAGCCUGACAAAAAAGGACGGCAGUAUGCAUUGCAGGGGUAUAUUCAUGACUUAAUACGCACCCGAUUAGAAAAUAACUUAAUCAAAAUUGAAGCUAGGUUAGCCUAGCCGCCUCAUAUGCUGACCAUUUAACAGCUUAGUUCAUGCACAGAAGGAGAGGUGAAAUUUAAAAACAAUAUAAUAAUAGCUAAUUAAUUUCUCGUGAUUUCUCAAAAAGCCUGAUAGACUAAUUGUUGUGCAAUGAAAUAUAGAACAACUUAUUUUAUGUUCAAUCCAUUUAAAUUUGUAAAGCGAUUAAAUUAACUUAAUCGAUUUGUGUUGGGACAACAUGAAAUAAUUGUGUGGAAUUUUUUACAGUGAAGAGAGUACAUGAUUUUGGAUGCAGCGAUUAAAUUUAUUUUAGUUGAAUUCAUUAUUGCGGUGCAUUAUGGGAUUGAAUGAGUGAUUUCAAACACGAAAUUCCUGUUAUUCCCUAAAAUAGUGCACUAUUCAAAAAAUAUACAGGCUAUUUUUGAACCCAUAAAGUUGUUAUCUGCGCACUAUUGUGCUAUUAAAUGUAUUCUUACUGCCAUUAAGGAAACUGGCCCAUUUACGCAAUAAUAUUGGCUGUAGCGCCCCUUGUGGCAAAGCUGAGAAUGCAGCAUACCUGCAAUCCAGCCUUCAUAGUUAAACAUGCUUGGAACAUAUUUUAGGUCUUCUCAUCGUCACUUUUGACAUCUGAAUAUGUGGAAACUGUAAUCCAUUUUUGAUUGUUUACCUAAAACGAACGCACAUGAUCACAUAAAAUGACAACAACCAAAUGUACUAUUGAUUUAAUAUGGGGUCCUCCAUCAGCUCUGCCUGGGCUUUUGUAUAACAGACCUCUCAUGUGAUGGACAGUUGUGUUUCUAAAACUGAAUGGUGAAAGUAUGUGAGCCCAUUUCUUGAACUACUCCUUCAGUUCCUCUCUCUCCGUCUAUGAUCACUGCAGAUAAUCUUACUGUCCAUGAAUGAGGUUUUUGUGUCUUAUUUUGUUUUAUAUGAGUGAGGAUGUAUGUAGGAGACAGCAGUGAAUUAUGUUGAAUGAUGUGUGGCUAAAUUUCGUAGUUUCCUAAAGAACUGAAAUAAAAUUUGUAAAUUUGUAUAGUUGUA